AUGGCGUUCCUGAACAAUCUCCGCUCGGUGCCGCUGCCUCCGGUGAAAAACAUGCUAAAUGUGGCGCUGCAAACCGCGCGCCAAACGAUCCCGAACAAGCAGAAACAAAAUGGCUACGAGGAGGCAGCCGGCAACAGCUUCGAGGGUGCUGCUGGCGCUAGUGGCGUACGAUCGCCACCGCAGGUCCCCCCAAGACCACAGAACGUGCAUUUCGCCGACACGGACGCGGCGGGUGACACUGGUGGAACGACGGAAAUGAAUCCGCUGAAUCCGUUCACGAAUCCGAAGGCGUACUAUCAGGAGGACGGAAUGGAGCAGCCUGGUAGCAACCAGUACCAGGAGACGGGUUUCAAUCAGGGUGAUUUCGAAAAUGGCUACCAAGCGGGCGGCUACCCACCGAGACAGGGCAGUGUGCAGUCGUUUGGAUCUGAUAGCACGUUUGCUGGCGGUUGCGAAGGAGAGGCUCCUGGGGGCGCCAAAAUUAACGAGUACCAAGCGGCGUGGAAUGUGACCAACGCCAUUCAGGGCAUGUUCAUCGUAUCACUCCCAUUCGCGGUACUUCGCGGUGGCUACUGGGCGAUCAUAGCGAUGGUCGGGAUCGCUCACAUCUGCUGCUACACCGGCAAGAUCCUCGUCCAGUGCCUGUACGAGCCGGAUCCACAAACGGGCGAACCGGUACGGGUGCGGGACAGCUACGUUUCCAUCGCGAAGGUGUGCUUCGGCAAGAAGAUCGGUGCCCGGGUCGUCAGCAUAGCGCAGAUCAUCGAGCUACUGAUGACGUGCAUCCUUUACGUCGUCGUAUGCGGUGACUUGAUGGCGGGUUCCUUCCCGGACGGAGCACUCGACACGCGCUCGUGGAUGAUGCUGUGCGGUAUCUUUCUGCUGCCACUCGCGUUCCUGAAAUCGCUGCACCACGUGUCGCUGCUGUCGUUCUGGUGCACCAUGGCCCAUCUGCUGAUCAACGCCAUCAUCGUCGGGUACUGCCUGCUGGAGAUCGGCGACUGGGGCUGGAGUAAGGUCAAGUGGCGAAUGGAUUUUGAAAACUUUCCAAUCUCGCUUGGUGUUAUUGUCUUCUCCUACACGUCGCAAAUCUUCCUGCCCACGCUCGAGGGCAACAUGGAGGAUCGGUCCAAGUUCAACUGGAUGCUCGACUGGUCGCAUAUAGCGGCGGCCGCCUUCAAGGCGCUGUUCGGGUACAUCUGCUUCCUGACGUUCCAGAACGAUACGCAGCAGGUCAUCACGAACAAUCUGCACUCGCCCGGGUUCAAGGGUCUGGUGAACUUUUGCCUCGUGAUCAAGGCGGUCCUCAGCUAUCCGCUGCCGUUUUUCGCCGCCUGCGAGCUGCUCGAGCGGGCGUUUUUCCGUGGCCGGCCGAAAACGAUUUUCCCCGUCGUGUGGGAGCUCGAUGGUGAGCUGAAGGUUUGGGGUUUGGCGUGGCGCUUGGCCGUCAUCCUCGGCACGAUCAUGAUGGCCAUUUUCAUUCCGCACUUUUCCAUCCUGAUGGGCUUCAUCGGCAGCUUCACGGGCACGAUGCUGAGCUUCAUCUGGCCGUGCUACUUCCACCUGAAGCUGAAGGGUCACCUGCUGGACCAGAAGCAGCGUGGGUACAACUACUUCAUCAUAUUUCUCGGUGUGCUGUUCUGCGUUGUCGGCAUCUAUGACUCGGGUACGGCUCUGAUCCACGCGUUCGAGAUUGGCCUCCCAUUCUAA